UACCAAAAAAUUUCCUCUAUAUAAGCUUGCACUACCACAUCACAAAGAGUGUGCAGCAGUUGAUUUCCCAUCAUAUUUUGCAAAUAAAUUCCCUCUUUGUAUAUAGUUUUUGUUCUUCUCUUUGAGGAAGCUAGAGGACUUCCCGACAAUAAUCAAGAUGGGAGAGGGAACUGCCACCAACAACCACCACCAGCACCACCACAACGCCCAAGUGUUCGACGUCUCAGUCAAUAUGGCCCCACAUUGCGGCUCCAAGGCCGUGGAUGAUGACGGCCGCCCCCAAAGAACUGGGAGUGUUUGGACAGCAAGUGCACACAUUAUAACUGCGGUGAUUGGAUCUGGAGUUUUGUCGUUGGCAUGGGCGAUAGGCCAGCUGGGAUGGAUUGCUGGACCGACUGUGAUGCUGCUAUUCUCCUUCGUCAUCUACUACACCUCCACUCUCCUAGCCGACUGCUAUCGCUCUGGAGAUCCUUUGUUCGGGAAGAGAAACUACACUUACAUGGAUGCGGUUCGAUCCAACCUUGGUGGAUCUAAGGUGAAAUUGUGUGGGAUGAUUCAAUAUAUGAAUAUCUUUGGAGUAGCUGUUGGGUACACAAUUGCCUCCUCCAUAAGCAUGAUGGCUAUCAAAAGAUCAAACUGUUUCCACAAGAGUGAUGGGAAGGAUCCAUGUCACAUGUCUAGCAAUCCAUACAUGAUAGCCUUUGGUGUUACACAGAUAUUGUUUUCUCAGAUUCCGGAUUUCGAUCAGAUAUGGUGGCUCUCGAUCGUCGCAGCCGUUAUGUCCUUCACUUACUCGUCUAUCGGCCUAGGCCUCGGCAUUGCUCAGACUGCAGCUAACGGAGCCAUAAAGGGCAGCCUGACCGGAAUAAGCAUUGGAGCCGUGACUGAAACCCAAAAGAUAUGGAGGAGUUUCCAAGCGCUCGGUGACAUCGCCUUCGCCUACUCGUUCUCGAUCAUCCUCAUCGAAAUCCAAGACACAGUGAAGUCCCCUCCGGCGGAGUCGAAAACAAUGAAAAAGGCCAGCCUCAUCAGCACCGCCGUCACCACCGUCUUCUACAUGCUGUGCGGCUGCAUGGGCUACGCCGCCUUCGGAGACCUCGCUCCCGGCAACCUCCUCACUGGCUUCGGCUUCUACAACCCUUUCUGGCUCCUCGACAUUGCCAACGCCGCCAUCGUCAUCCACCUCGUCGGCGCCUACCAGGUCUACUGCCAGCCCCUCUUCGCCUUCGUCGAGAAAUACGCCGCCGCCAAAUGGCCCGACAGCGCCUUCGUCAACCGGGACAUCAACAUCAAGGGUUUCAACGUCAACAUGUUCAGGUUGGUGUGGAGGAGCAUGUUUGUGUUGAUCACGACGCUUAUUUCGAUGCUGCUGCCGUUUUUCAAUGAUGUGGUGGGGAUUCUCGGGGCGUUCGGGUUUUGGCCGCUGACGGUUUAUUUCCCGGUGGAGAUGUACAUUGCGCAGAAGAAGAUACGGCGGUGGAGCACGAGGUGGGUGUGCCUGCAGAUGCUGAGCUUCGCGUGCCUCGUUAUAUCGGUUGCUGCAGCGGCCGGGUCGGUGGCCGGAGUUGUGCUUGAUCUCAAGGUUUAUAGACCAUUCAAGACUAGCUAUUGAGAGGCAGAGUUUUGUUUUGUACAUCAGAUUAAUUGGUGGUUGGUGUUGAUUAGCUAUUGUUGUGUUUUAUUUGCUAUGUUAAUUGUCAUGUGUUAUCUUUUUAUUAGCCUUGUGAAUGUAAAGAAGGCAUUAUGUAAUUUUAGUUCACUGCAAUCCAGUUAAUGUUGGAAUGUAUGGAAGAUGUCGUGUUCAAUAAAAUUUGGUAUGUUAAUUGUAA